AUGACAUCAACCCGGAUCCCAUCCAUCCUGAGCAUUGCAUUCUUGGUAGAUGACUUAGACACUACAAGAAUACCCAACAGCUGGGCGCUGGUCGAGAAGCUAGAUCACGCUCCCGACGGCCUGAUUCGCUUAGGCAAUAUCUUAACAGAUCCUAGCGAGCCCCAUCGACCGCUCACAACAGUCACGGCGGCCGAGCUUGAGGAGAAUUAUUCAGGAUCGUAUGAGCAUCGGCAGCGGUUGAAUGACUUUUAUAGUAGAAUAUCAUCAGACCGAAACCUUCCACCUGAGACUCGGGAGAUCCCCGUGGAGGCUCUUGUGCAUGAGGGAAAUGUGACCUGGGCGCUGAGAUUUAGCAUCGACAGGAUUGCCGACUACGCAUUCCGUAUCAUGCCCACCCAGCAAACAGUCCAGAACCGCCUGACGGAUCCCGCUAUUCAAGCAUUGCUGGAGGAACACGACGGCAGAUGUACAUUGUAUAUGGUGACUGGUAUCAAGGUCAUCAGUGGUCUCUCUGCCAAAGGGGAACGCCUGCAUAGCCCCGACGCUGGCCGAAGGGAUGCACUUACCGUCACUGUUAACGAACCAGGACCAAAAGUUAUUGGAUACCAAAUGCAAGAGAUCGUGAUAGACCGUGGACGAGGGGUUCAGCUUAGCCAACACCUCUGUAGUGAAGACGAUCUAUACUUCUUCCCUGGUGAUUGGUUCCGGGUGAUCGACAAACUGUUCCUCCGGGAAGCCGAGGUCGAGUAUAGAAGUGGGCGAGAAGGUGAAGUUACGGUGAGUGUUGUACCCUCACCCUCCUAA